AUCGCUGCUUUCAGUGUUCUCUCUCUCGGCUUUUGUGUCAGGAUGGUGCUUGUGAUGUGUAAAUCUCCCUUCGUCAUUUCUUGUUAAAGGUGCUCGGCAUUCGGUGGCUUUAAUGUUCCGCGCGGCUAACCGAAAAAGCAUCGGCAAAGCGGGAAACGGCUGGCACUUUCGCCGGACAAUGGACGAGCUGGUCCAUGAUCUGGUGUCAGCCCUGGAGGAGAGCUCGGAGCAGGCGGCGCGCGGUGGCGACGGCGGAGACCACGCGUUAACCGUGGGCUGCUUGCUAAAGAGACAGGCGAGGAAGCGCAGGGGCAGGAAACGCCGCUCGGACAACCCGCACCCGCCCUGGGAGACGGGCCACCUGAGCGAGGGCUCUGAGUCCAGUGUGGAAGAGCACAAGGACUAUCGUGCGGGCACAGGUGGCGUGUCUGCCUCUAACAGCCACACUCGCGACAACAGCGACUCGGACGAGCAGCUGGGCCCUAAACGCCGCACCCCCCAGACGUCCGACGCGGGCAGGAGCAAACGGCCCCUGUGGCCGGACGACCCGGGCGUCCUGGGGUCCGCCGAGGGAACACGCAGCCUCAGGCGACGGCGCAAGUUCAAGCGCAUGGCCGUGGACCCCCCCGCCGAGCCGGAGCCCCCUUCCACCAUGAUGCUGGCCCCCCCGUCUGUCCCCAAGCCUCGCGCGGCUGGCACCAGACCCCACCGGCUGAGCCCGAGUGAGGGCCGGGUCGCCAUGGAGAUUUGCGGGGACGGCCUGCCGGCGGUGGGAGUAAAGAACAGGAUGAAGAAGAGGAAGCUGGCCCUCCAAAAGGUGGGGGCGGAUGCUGCCGACGAAGGCGUGGUGGUGGAGAGCGAGGAGCCCAUCUCGUCUCUGGUGGAAGGAUGCAAGGACAAGAUGGAGCUGGAGGAGCAGAAGGGCUCGGAUGAGGAGAUGAGUGACAGGUGUGAAACCAGCAGUGUGAGUAACAGCAGCGAUGGAGGGCUCUACACCAACGAUGAAGGCAGGCAAGGUGACGACGAGCAGAGCGACUGGUUCUGCGAGGGCGAACCUGGGUCUGGCACUGGGGGCGCGUGCGGAGUGGCGGGUGUCAUCCCCUGGUGGGAGAGAGACGCGGGUGCCGAGGAGCUGGACCUGAACGACCCAGUCUUCAACAACAUCCUCACGGGCUCCUUCCCACUCAUGACCCCCGACACCAGGAGAGGGUUGCAGGCCCGGCUAAACCGUCUCCACGGACACCCGAGGCGCUGUGACGAUGGGCUGCAGGGCGGCAGCGGUCAGGGCUUUGGCGACGGCCACGACAUCACUCUCAAUAGGCCGUGGUUCAGCUCAAGCUCAGGGAGAGAACAUGGACAGUUGCACUGGGACACUCGGACAGAACGAGGCCAUCGCAGGAGCUGCUCGGUAAAAACAGCUAACAGACAGACGAGCGGGCACCUGGGCUCUUUGUGCAUGGGGGACGUCAAGCGGAGGCGGAAGGCAGCCCCCCUCGGUUCCAUGGCGCCCUCAGGGUUGUGGGUGAGCUGGAGCCUAUCCCCCUGACUUUGAGCGAGGGUACACCCUGGUCAGAAGCCAAUUGCAGGGCACAUAAAGUCCAACAACCUUUCACAUCAAAGGACAGUUUAGUCUUUAAUGAACCUAACAUGUUGUUUUGGAAUGUGGGAGGAAGCCUAAACAUGCAGACUCCACACUGGAAUAUGCAGGAGCUCGGAUUUGAACCCCUAACCUUGACCAUGUUUACCAUUAGGCAACCGUGAUGCCUUAAUUAAUAGGCUUAUGAGUAAAUUUUUUAGUUGAAGUAAUUUCUAUGGAAUCAAAGGCCUUUAUUAUGUAACAACAAACAAUUAGUGCAAUUACUGCACUUCUGCAGUUCACUGUGCCCUCAUAAACAGUUUAAAAUAAAAAUAUAAUCUUCAAAUGGUAUUCUCAGUAACACGUGGAAAAAUAUAUACCAUUGUUAAACUAGGUGCAAAAGUGAAAUUUAGCAACAUAUUCUCCAUCUCUUCUCUACGUACUCCUUUUUACGUUGGUGCCCCUGGUGUUCAGUCUGACGUUCGGGUAAAACCAAGGCCUUCAGAACAAGAUAAACUUUUGUUCCUAAAACCUCUGAAACAGUUUAUGUAUUUGCAGUUUUACCAGUUCAAUGGUAAGAAUGCUUGAAUUUUACUUGAAUCACUUUGUUAUUGUACUUAUUUAAAUUCUUUGCACUUUAUUGCAUUCUUUGAAAACUAGUUGCAGAUAUUUUGGUGUUUAUCCACUGGAUAUUUGUUUUUAUUUAUUUAUUUGUUUAUUUGUAUUCAUUUUGUUUUCUAUUUCAAAUGUGUUUGACAGAUAAAUGGUAAAAUUAUUAAGAUAAAAUUGCCAUUUACUUCAUGUAAUUUUAAGGAAAAAAAAUAUAAUCCACUUGUCAGUUUUGCAGGGGACAAAUACCUUGGUGGGUUCUGCACUCUUUUUUUUGUAUAGUUUAUAGUCUUAUAUCCUCUCGUUUUCUCUCAUCCAUUGAUAUGCCUCCCUCCGUGUUUGGAAAAGGAUCAGUUCAGAGACGGGCAAUUAUUAGCGCUCCUGACACGCCGUUAAACCCUGAUCGCAAUUCCUAACCCGGUUUCCGCUUUAAGCUCCGCCGGACCAGACUCGGCUGUCAGUCGCAGAGAUGCCGCUGCUGACGGGCAAGCUCAUCACCUGCUCUGGCCCACAUUUCAAAGCUAUACAGUGCGAGAGCAGGUGGCUGGCAAAUGCGAAAGGUUUUGGCUCGGACCCGCCCGGAACUUGGCCCUCGAGUGUGUAAACGAGAGGACGGCUUAACCCGGCGCUGCGUGCAAAUAAAGCGAAGAUUAAAAGGCGUAAUGAGUGGCACUCUUGUGGCUGAACUUCUCGGAAGAGAUGGAACAAGAUGACCACAAUCUGUUCAGGACAAAUGCACUUUCCCCUUACUGUGCGUCACAAUGUUUGUACGACACGACUGGAGUGUGAUGUGCUUAAUUGUCGAUGACAACUAAAUUAAUACACUCACCAGCCACAACAUCCGAACGAAUGCGCAUCAAAUGAGUUCAAGGUUGAAUGUCUAGUGUUAGUGUACACAGUGAAAUGAAAUUGGGUUUCAAUGUAGCUUCACUUUCAAAUGGUCUUUUAUAGCGGACAGUAACUUGUAAUUCAUUUACGGCGCUGUUAAGUUAAUGAAUCGAUUACAUUCUAACGGUAGAGUAAUAAUUAACUGUCACGUUGUCUUCCCACCCUUCCUCUUUGUUUCAGCGGUGGUGGGCGAGAACGUGCCGCCCAUUCCCGACAGCAACGUUGGCAACCGCAUGUUGCAGAGCAUGGGCUGGACCCCAGGCGUCGGCCUGGGUCCCGAGGGGCGGGGCAUCACGGAGCCCAUCCGGGCCCUACAGAGA